UUCAAAAUKACUAUGAAUUUUAAGCAUUAAAUCAUGUAGUUAUGUAAUUUUGAAUUUUUUAUGUGGUUUGUUGAUUGCCUUUUAGCAGCGUUUAAAAUUUGUUCAUUUUGGUUUACAAGUUUUAUAUAAUUUGGUAAAAUAAUACCAUUAACCAAUCAUGCAAAAGUACAUGUCUAAAUCUGAAGUUCGAUGUGCAAGUUUAAUGAACAAUGUAUUGGAAGAAAAUAUCGAUACGAAUGAAAUUUUGGAAAAAAUUAGGUCAUUUGAACAAUGUAACAUUCGUCAUGGUGUUGGCAAAAUAGAAUUUACAUUUUAUGUGAUUGAUUUUGUUCAUAAUAAGACUAUGCAGUAUGUAAAUCAGCUAGAUGAGAAUGAAACUGUUAUAAACAAUGCAUUUAAUGUGCCAGAAGUUGAAUCACCAAUGGUGAAAAGAAUAAUACCUAAAGCAUCAACAACAAAAGGUUCCAAUGUCCAAGGCAAAAAAACAGUUCAAAUACAUUCGGUGACUUCUAAAAUGAACAAAACAAAAAUAAUUGAUACCACUAAGAAAGAACGAAGGAGCUUGGACAUAUUGUCAAGUCUUUAUGCUGCAAUGAUAAAUUCUAAUAUAUUAUGUAAUUUGUUUCAUGAGUUAGGUUAUGUAUUUACACUUGUUUCAGUAAAAAAUCAUGAAAUAAAAUUCAAUGACAGUUUUAGUUCAAAUAAUAUAUAUUUCAAAUCAUCUGAUGAUUGUCAUUAUUUUGCUUCAAAGACUAUAGAACAAUUGGUUCCAAUUUUAUGUUAUUUGGAAAAACCAAUUAUCAAUCUAAUUUUAAAACAGAAAGUCAUCAACACAUAUGUACCAGAAUUGGCUAAGACUUUUGAAAGUAAAUUUAACACAUCGAACAUAAAUGAUGAUAUAAAGUCUUUAAAUGCGAGUAUAUCAAAAGAUAUGGUAAAAUUCGAUGGUGAACAAGAUGCCAAAGAUUGUUUUCCAUCAGUAAAAAUGUUUCAUGCUUUCAAAAUGCAAAGAGAUGCAUUUUAUGAUCUACUAGAAAAUUGGAAACAAAAUGAAAAUCAGUAUGAGUUAGAUUCUAAGAAAUUUGAACAUAUUAACAAAAUGCUUAAGGAAAACAAUAAUUCUGUUAAUAUGAGUAAAUUCGCUAAAUUAUUUGUUGCUCAAUUGAUAAAUUCAACAUUUGAAGAGUCAAAGAAUAUCUAUAAAAAUAAAACUAUUAAAGAGUUAUCCGCCUCUAAGUUAGAAUUACUUCAUCAGCGAAUUACCAAACGCGACUAUACAAGUGGAUAUAGUGUUGAUCCAGCAAACGAAUUUCCUGGUAUGCAAAUGUUUUUUAAAGAAUUCACUGUUAUGUUGUUAGGCGAUGGCAUUUUUUGUAAACAUUUAAUAGAUACUUUGGUACACAGAAUUGAUGUAUUAAAUACAAUGGAAUGGGCUUCUGAGUUACAAGAAGGUGCAAUAUAUCAACAAACCUUCUUUUUUUAUGUUGAUACUUUAAGAUUAUUGGCCAAAUUUUUGGCCUUUGCAAUAUAUAAUCCAUACAAAGAUUAUGAUGUUUUAAAUCCGGCUUUAAAAGAAUAUAUAUGGGAAGUACGAUCAAAGGCUUUACCUCCAAUAAAUUUACUUGCUAAAUUACGUUGUGCUCUUAAACGUGGUCAUAGUGAAAUUGUAUUAACAACUUMAUGGAUCAUUGAAUACUUGUAUCAAGUGGAUCGGAUUUCAAUUACAACUCCUUUUUAUAAAGAUGUACUAAUUUUGAUCUAUUCUCUGUGUAUGUUGAAUUCUGAUAUAACUGGUUCAGUACUUAUGUUGAGGUUGCAGUUUAAUUGUUUAAUUGAACACAUAAAUAUUGAACCUCAUACACUAUUUGAUGCCUCAAAUAAAUGUUUUGAUAAAAGUCUUUUUGAAAAUGUAAAGGAAUUCAAAAAUGGUUUAAUAGUAAAUACGAAGCAAAUUUAUCACUAUUGUCCACAGUUAAAUAAUUAUCGUACUGUAUUAGAAAGUAAAGUUAAUAGUAAAAAGAUAAAAUUUUUAUCACCUAUAGUCAGUAUACCUAGUCGAAAAAUAAAUCAAAAUCAUCAAAUAGAAUUGGAAUUAGAAUCACAUUUCUUUGAAAAUCAUUCUUCAUCUGUGUUAGCAACAGUUGAUUUCAUUGCAAAACGAAUCGCUUCUUCAUGUACCAAAAAGAUUCAAAACAAGGGUAUAGCUGCUGUUAAGAAUCAAUUUGUUGAUAUUGUGUGUGAAAAAUUCAAAGAACAUAUCAGCGAAAAUACAAAUGCAAUGUUUAAAAUCGACGAAAAUGAUGUUGCCAAGUGUAGUUUAUUUUUGAGUUCCACUAUUCAACAGUACGUAGAUCAUUUUUCCAAAAACAAUAUUCCCAACUCAAUUCAAGAAUUAUUAGAUUCUGAAUCUGUGAACCCAAGUUCCUUGCCUUUUUGUAUUGCUGUUACAGUUCGUAAAUUUAAAGCAUUAGUAACAGAUUGGGUCAAGAAUCAUAUAAAUAUCAAAAAUAUGUUUAUUACUUACAUUAAAACUGAAUUGAAAAUAAAUUUAAAAAAUGGGAGUAUAAAUGAAGAUGGAAGUAAUCUUCGUGAAUUAUUGAUGCCUACUCAUUUUGAUGAACCAGAUGAAGAUAUGUUUAUUCCAGAGAAUGAACUAUUGACAGAUUUAAAUGCAAUAUUAAGUAUUGUGGAAAAGGUUGAAAAAAAAAUUAUGGUGUAUAUGAAGGAGAAGAAGAAUAUGAUGAAAUCGAAGGAAAACAUGUCGAAGAAKUCCCUAAACUCACAGAAAAACGGAUACUAA